GGUGACGAAGCGGAAGAGCGUGAGGAGAGGCGUCGUACCCGCCGCAAAAGCGGCUGCCAGGGCCCUCGUCCCCUCCCGGUUGCCCGCCGCUCCUCGUUCCGUCUUCCCACUGGUCGGAGGCGGAGGCCGCGCUGAUGAAGCCGGCUCAGAGCCAUGUGGUCUUUGAAGACGUGGCCAUAUAUUUCUCCCAGGAAGAGUGGGGCCUCCUUGAUGAAGCUCAGAGAUUUUUGUACCAUGCUGUGAUGAUGGAGAACUUUGCGCUUUUGUCCUCCCUAGGUUGCUGGCAUGGAGCCCAGGAUGAGGAGGCACCUUCAGAGCAAGGUGUUUCUUCAGGAGCAUCACAGGGCUGACAGUCCUGUGGUACCACAAAGUCCAGGGUCCUGAACUCAAUCUGGGUUCUGCAGGUCAGUUCCAUUGCUGGCAACCAACCAGGCAACAGUUUCAGGAGGGUCAAUGAGAAAGCCAUCUGACAUUGGCCACCUGAGCUGCAUGGUGAUUGGCCACCUGAACCAGGCCACCCCGAGAGCGUGCGUGAUUGGCCAGGGCAUGGCGGUGACAUCACAGAAAGGCAUUCUGAUGUACCUGGGCUGAUAUGAAAGCAUGACAACCGCGCAGGUCCCCGUGAUGACAGAGAUGGCACUUCAGCCACAGAUCUCCUGCUCUCCCUCAGGUUGCUGGCAUGGAGCCCAGGAUGAGGAGGCACCUUCAGAGCAAGGUGUUUCUGCAGGAGCGUCACUAGUCAGGACCCCAAAGCCAGGCCCAUCCAUCCUGGAGGCCCAGCCCGUGAGAUGUGUGGCCUGCUCUUAAAAGACCUUUUGUGCUUGGCUGAGCAUGAUGGAACACACUCUGAGCAAGGCCUGUGCACUCAUGGGGCAAACCUGCAGCAGCAUCAAAAGAAGCAGACUAGAGUGUUCAGAAGCCUCCUUUCCCCAUGUGCACAGGCUACGUUCCACGGAAAUCUGGGUGUGACCCUUCCAAGAAGCCAGAGCCCCGCCCCGCUCCGCCCUCAAAACCUGCGGAGAUCCCGAUCCAGCCCCUUUCUUGGUGUGGCUAGAAAACACCCCGGGGUCAGGAAGAAUGGAGACCUGUAGGGGUUCCGUAGCUCCGUCAGAACUACAUUACCCGGAAGGCAGUGCGCCGUGCGUCCCCUCCACUGGACCAAUGAGGGCUCGACGAGAGGCACUUCCGCCCGAUGGACAGCGACGGGGCGAGCUUUCCGGCGUAGGCCUCCAGCGACAUCUUGUAAACUUGGUCCUGUCUCCGGUCGGGAUCCUUGGCCCGCCUGAGGUGAGGGCUCAGGAUGCGCUGCGCCGGCUCCGCUGAGAUUCGGCGUAGCUGUCGCCGGGACUGAGGGCUACGCUGCCACGGUGUCCCUCCCCCCCGCACCCGGCCACAGCUGCCGUGGCGAUUCCCAUUCAGGUUCUGCUUUCAGCAGAAGCACUUAUGGACCCUGCACUGGGCUCUUUGACCUUUGAGGAUGUGGCUGUGUACUUUUCCCAGGAGGAAUGGAGGCUUCUUGAUGAGGCUCAGAGACACCUGUACCGUGAUGUGAUGCUAGAGGUCUUUGCACUUUUUGCAUCAUUGGGUUGUGGGCAGAGAACAGAGGAUGAGGAGGCACUUUCUGAGCAGAAUAUUUCUGUAGGAGAGUCACAGAUAAAUUCUACCCAGGAGACAUGUGUCCUGGAUUCAGAAGGUGACUUACAUCCAGCUGAGAGCCUGGAAGCAAACCCUGGCCAGAAACUGUGCGGGACACAGGGGAAGCUUCACCAGUGCCAGAAGCAGGACAAUGGAGAGAAAUCUUUCAGAAGGAACGUGAAGAGCUGCAUAGCCCACAUGUCGAGGAAGCCCUUCCCUGAUCGCUCAGGCCUUCUCCAGCACCAGCUCAUUCAUAGCCAGGGGACACUACCUAAGAACACCAGCUGUGCAGAGCCCUUUCACAACGGACAAAAACACUAUAAGUGCAGCGAAUGUGGGAAAGCCUUCUGCCGAAAAUACAGACUUGCUCAGCAUCAGAGAGUCCACACUGGAGAGAGGCCUUAUGAGUGCAGUGAGUGUGGGAAAACCUUCAGCUACAAACAUAUACUUGUUCAGCACCGGAGAGUCCACACUGGAGAAAGGCCUUAUGAGUGCAAUGAAUGUGGUAAAGCCUUCAGUAACAAACCCACACUUGUUCGGCACCAGCGAAUUCACACUGGAGAAAGGCCUUAUGAAUGCAGUGAUUGUGGGAAGUUCUUUAGCCAAAGUUCCAGCCUUAGUGAACAUCAGAGAAUUCACACAGGGGCACGGCCUUAUAAAUGUAGUGAGUGUGGAAAAUUCUUCACCUCCAACUCAAACCUAAUUAAACACCGGAGAGUGCACACAGGAACAAGGCCUUAUGAGUGCAGUGAAUGUGGGAAAUUCUUUAAUCAAAGUCCUAGCCUCAUCAAACACCAGAGAAUUCACACAGGUGAAAAGCCUUAUGAAUGUAGUGAAUGUGGGAAACUCUUUAGCCAGAGCUCCACCCUCAUCAAGCACCAGAGAGUUCACACUGGAGUGAGGCCUUACAAGUGCAAUGAAUGUGGGAAACUCUUUAGCCAAAGCUUUGGCCUCACUCAACACCAGAGAGUUCACACUGGAGAAAAACCCUAUGAGUGCAGUGAAUGUGGAGAAUUCUUUAGCCAGAGCACACAACUUUCCCAGCACCGGAAAGUUCAUGCCACACAAAACCCUCAUGAGCGUUACAAAUGCAGCGAAUGUGGAAAAGCCUUUGGUCAGAAAUACUUACUUGUUCAGCACCAGAGACUACACACUGGAGAAAAGCCUUAUGAAUGCAGUGAAUGUGGCAAAUUAUUUAGCCAUAAAUCAAAUCUUUUUAUACAUCAAAUAGUUCACACUGGAGAAAGGCCUUAUGGGUGUAGUGAAUGUGGAAAAUCCUUUAGCCGCAAUGCUGACCUCAUUCAACACCAGAGAGUUCACACUGGAGAAAAGCCUUUUACAUGCAGUGAAUGUGGAAAAGCCUUCAGGCAUAAUUCCACACUUGUUCAGCAUCAUAGGAUCCACACUGGAGUGAGACCUUAUGAGUGCAGUGAAUGUGGGAAAUUCUUUAGCUUUAACUCGAGCCUCAUGAAACAUCAGAGAGUUCACACUGGAGAAAGACCUUAUAAGUGCAGUGAAUGUGGGAAAUUUUAUAGCCACAAGUCAAGCCUUAUUAAUCAUUGGAGGGUUCACACUGGAGAAAGGCCUUAUGAGUGCACCGAAUGUGGGAAGUUUUUUAGCCAAAGCUCUAGCCUCAUGCAACAUCGGAAAGUUCACACUGGAGAAAAGCCUUUUAAGUGCAAUGAAUGUGGAAGAUAUUUUAGUGAGAAUUCCAGCCUUGUUAAACAUCAGAGGGUUCAUACUGGAGCAAGACCUUAUGAGUGCAGAGAAUGUGGGAAAUUUUUUCGCCACAGCUCCAGCCUUGUUAAACAUCGGAGGAUUCACACUGGAGAAAUGCCUUAUGAGUGCAGCAGUUGUGGGAAAUCAUUUAGCCAGCGUUUCAACCUCAUUCAACACCAGAAAGUUCACAGUGGAGAAAAUCUUGAAUGUGGGUAAUGUGGAAAAGCCUUUAACCAAAAGUCCGCUCUGGUUCAGCAACAGAAACAUCACAAUCCAGUAGGCCUCAUGAAUACAGUAAGUGUGAAGAAAGGCUUCAGCCAAAGGCUUACCCUUGUUAAGCACCAAAAUGUUCAGACUGAAGAGAGGCCUUAGGAGUGCAGCACACAUGCAGUCUCAUGUUCAACCUAACUUAAAACAAAGAGGAACUCUAAAGGUAGCCUUUUUGAGGGAGACAGCAAUUGAACAUCAUUGAUCCAAAUAUCCUGACAUUCUGUCUCCUGUGAAGAUAGGCCUCUGCCUGGGAGCUCCAGGGAGAGGGAGUCCUGUGUUCUUGGAUGUAUUAGUCUGGAGUGGAGUUUCCAGCUCUAUCACUGGAGUGGGGAGAAAGGGAAUGGUCUUAGUUCAAAUGUGAUUGUCUCUUGCUGUUCUUACAAAUAAUCAGAUGUUCUUAAGGGUUUCUUCAUUUGCUGUAUAUCUGAGGACAUUUCCAGAGUUUUAAGUUGUGUUUUUAUAAUUUUCCCCAGUUUUAAUGGGAAGCAGGCCAGCAAAGCUCCUCACAUUGUUAUACAGGAAGUUGAUCUAAAUAUUUAACUUUAUUAGAACUUGCCAAGUAGUGUAAUGCCAUUUCAUAUUUACUCCUACAGUAUUAGGUUUCCAGUUUCUUCACCUUAUUGCUGAUGACUGUAUAUAAGACAUGCCAUUCAUUUCAGCCAUUCUAGUAGGUGUGUGGUUUUGACUUGUCUCCCUAAUGACUCAGUGUUGAGGAUUAGUCUCUGUGUUUAUCUGCCACCCAUAUAUCUUCUUUAGUGAAUUAUCGUUUAAUGUUUUUUGCUUACUUUUAGAAAAAUUGGUUUCUGUUUUCUGAUAUAUAUUCUACAUAUAAGUUCUCUAUUUGAUAUAUGCUUUACCAAUGUUUUCUCAUAGUCUAUGCCUUUGAUUUUAAUUUUUCUUUCUUUUUAAAAUUUUCAUUUCUUAACAGUCUCUUUCCUAGGUUAGAAUUUAUUAAUUUUCAGGAAGUUCAGCUUAUGUAUUGGUUAGGGACUACAUGUUUGGUAUUAUAUUCUUUUUCUCUUAUGGUACUCUAUCUUUGUUUGUAAAUAAAAGCCUUAUCUGAGUA